UAAAAUGUCUUCUUACUCGAUCUAUGUAGUGGUUUUCGCAUUUAACAAAACGAAUAAGAACGAUUUAUAAGAUUUGAAUAGGUAUAAUGGCUACCAAAACUUCUAAUUCAUCAUUAGCAUAGGAUUGUGUGUACAGUACAGCCUCGAACAUAAGUUUUUACGCUCAGUUUCAGUCGACUAAACACUGCGAACCUUGCAUAUAAUGAACUUUAUAAUCUGUAGAAUAAGACACAAAUUGAUAAGAACCCCACGGUUUGUAAAUUUGUAGCUCUAAGUAUGAUAGCGCGACCUCAUGAUCUUAGCAUUAAAGAUCAGUGCGGCAUCUGAGGCUUAUCUGCGUGGACUUGUUAAAAUACGUUACUUUAAUAAAUUGAAAUUGUAAAUCCAAUAAUAAAAGAGUAACAGAACACAAUGGUGGUAAAUAAGAGCUAUACCUCUAGUAGUGAUAGUGGUGGUGAUCUAGAAAUGAGUGCAAAUCAUAGUAAAGUGAAUGAAGGAUCUUAUGGGUAUGAAGAAGCUUUGGAUUUAGCAGGUCACGGCAAGUACAACACCCUGCUGCUGCUGGCGUGCUUCCUGGUGAUCACGGCCAUGGGCAUCGACAUCUUCGGGCUGGGGAUCAUAGUGGCAGCUGCCAGCUGCGACCUGCGGCUCACGCUGCAGCAGGCCGGCGUGCUGUCCUCCAUGCCGUUCGCUGGCAUCAUCGUAAUGUCGUACCCGUGGGGCUACUUGUCGGACACGCGAGGCCGCAAGCUGGUGCUGCAGGUGGCCAUGGCGGGCAGCUUCGCCAGCGCGGCGCUGAGCAGCCUGGCGCCCAGCUGGCAGCUGCUGGCCGCGCUGCGGUUCCUCAGCUCGGCCCUGUCAAGCGCAGCUGAAUCCGCGACGUACGCUCUCCUCGGCGAGUGUUGCGGCGCGCGCGUGCGGGCGCGGUACAUGCUGCUAGUGACCAGCGCGCUCAUGCUCACGCCCGCCCUCUACUACAGUAAGACACGCCACUCUCUAUACAUCACUACUGACAUGUCGAGCGCAGUGAGUCCGCGACGUGUCGGCGAGUGUUGCGGCGCGCGCGUGCGGGCGCGGUACAUGCUGCUAGUGACCAGCGCGCUCAUGCUCACGCCCGCCCUCUACUACAGUAAGACACGCCACUCUCUAUACAUCACUACUGACAUGUCGAGCGCAGUGAGUCCGCGACGUGUCGGCGAGUGUUGCGGCGCGCGCGUGCGGGCGCGGUACAUGCUGCUAGUGACCAGCGCGCUCAUGCUCACGCCCGCCCUCUACUACAGUAAGACACGCCACUCUCUAUACAUCACUACUGACAUGUCGAGCGCAGUGAGUCCGCGACGUGUCGGCGAGUGUUGCGGCGCGCGCGUGCGGGCGCGGUACAUGCUGCUAGUGACCAGCGCGCUCAUGCUCACGCCCGCCCUCUACUACAGUAAGACACGCCACUCUCUAUACAUCACUACUGACAUGUCGAGCGCAGUGAGUCCGCGACGUGUCGGCGAGUGUUGCGGCGCGCGCGUGCGGGCACGGUACAUGCUGCUAGUGACCAGCGCGCUCAUGCUCACGCCCGCCCUCUACUACAGUAAGACACGCCACUCUCUAUACAUCACUACUGACAUGUCGAGCGCAGUGAGUCCGCGACGUGUCGGCGAGUGUUGCGGCGCGCGCGUGCGGGCGCGGUACAUGCUGCUAGUGACCAGCGCGCUCAUGCUCACGCCCGCCCUCUACUACAGUAAGACACGCCACUCUCUAUACAUCACUACUGACAUGUCGAGCGCAGUGAGUCCGCGACGUGUCGGCGAGUGUUGCGGCGCGCGCGUGCGGGCGCGGUACAUGCUGCUAGUGACCAGCGCGCUCAUGCUCACGCCCGCCCUCUACUACAGUAAGACACGCCACUCUCUAUACAUCACUACUGACAUGUCGAGCGCAGUGAGUCCGCGACGUGUCGGCGAGUGUUGCGGCGCGCGCGUGCGGGCGCGGUACAUGCUGCUAGUGACCAGCGCGCUCAUGCUCACGCCCGCCCUCUACUACAUAUGUGCAUACCUGAUAAUGAAGCUGGAGUUCUCGUACCGGUUCCUGUGGCUGGAGCUGCGUCCCUGGCGGCUGCUGACGCUGGUGAUGGCGCUGCCGCUGGGGCUGGUCGCCGCGGCGCUGUGGAGACUCUGCGAGAGCCCCAAGUUCCUCGUCAACGUGGGCAGGAGUGGGGAGGCGGUGGACGCGCUCGCCAGGAUCUAUAGAGUCAAUGGGGGGAAGGGAGAGUUCCCGGUGAAAGAAGUGUACCUGGAAGAAGGGAAUAAAGAAGAAGUGGGUGUGUUCUCCCUGCGCUCGCUGUGGACGCAGAUCGCGCCGCUCUUCCAGCGCCCACUGCUGGGCAGGACGCUGCUCCUCUUCUACCUGACCUUCGUCGUCUAUAUCGCGAACAACAGUUUUGCGAUCAUCCUACCGACGAUCUUCAACGUGUUCUUCACGUCGUACGCGAGCCGCGGCGCCGGCCCCGGCGCCGGCUUCUGCGACCUCUUCGCCCGCACCGGGCAGGACAACUCCACUGUCGUCCAAGAUGCCGACACAGUGUGUAGGAACUCCAUAAACGACAACACGAUCUGGGCGGGCUGCGCGCACGGCCUCUCGUUCUUCGUGCUCAACGCGCUCAUCUCCCAGUGUGCUGGGAAACGGAAGUUGCUGACAAUCGUUAUCCUGGUGAUAGCAGCUGCGGCAGCCGCCGGGGUCAACCUGACCGGGGAGCCGCUGUCAGGCUUGGUGCUGUUCUACGUGUUCCUCACUACCGCCAUGGUGUUCGGCGUCGUCUCCUCGUACUUCGUGACCCUCUACCCCACGUCCUACAGGGGGAUGGUGGCGUGCCUGGGCAUGAUGGUGGCGCGGCUGAGCGCCUUCAGCGGCACCAACCUCGUCAGCGGCGCCAUGACGCAGCACUGCUCCGCUGCUCUAUACGGGGCUUCGGGACUCGUUCUCACCGGAGCUGUCGCCGCAGCGCUGCUGCCGGGCGACAGUCUGCAAGCGGGGUGAAGCAGCUCGUCAUCUUCUACCAGUCACCUUUACCUUUGGUCUAUAAUCUAGUUCAAAAGUGAAAUAUCUAAACAUGAAAUGAAAUGAAAAUGAAAUGAAAAUCGUUUAUUGAGGCAAAAACAUUGACGUUUGGCGCUGGCGCAGUUGAUAUUUAGUUUCACCUUCACAGAACCGCCAAAACCGGAUACGAAUAAUACUUAAAUGUUAAUAAUAAAACACAAAUGAAACUAAAAAAUCAUAUUUAUUUACAUAUUACUCUUAAGUAUUAGCUUAUUACUAUCACAACUUUGUACAAAUAUACAUACAUAACAUUAUAAUAUUAUUUACCUUCAUUGCAAACAAAUUAGAUACAUAGUUAAUUAAGUAGGUAUCAAAUGAAAGUGCGCCCAUUCGUAAAAUGUACAAAAACAAAAAAAACAUUUGGUUUUAUGAAGAAAAAUAAGUUUCGUUAGAACCAUUUUAGAUCUAAAGACUGGAUCUAUCGAGAAUGAUUGCGCGUUCGGCAGUGUGGAUGGAUGUAACUGCGUAAGUACCAUUUUGUCUUUCCAGAAUAAAAUAUAUAAUUAUAGCUCUUCAACAGAGAAGGGUCCUUACGCACUUGUAGCUUAAGAAUCAUUUUUUGAAGGAUUACUAUUGAACAUUUU